ACUUCAGAAUAGCUCCUUGUUUUAAAGCCUAUUUAAAUACAUUUCAGGUUAUUAACUAUUUCCCGUGAAAACUUAUUGUAAAAGGAACAAGGGCCGUAACCACGGUGUAACCAGUGAUACAAAACAAGUUUCGAUAUGUACAAUUUACAUUUGUAUUCAUGUUCCCAGUCAGACUUAAUGUGCGCUAAGUGUGUGCUAUUUCCUGGACGAAAGAUUUAAUCUCACGAGCUCCAUACUCCUUGCCAGCCUGUGCCACAGUGCGGUGAAAGUAACCUCUGACCUUCUAUAAGUAAACUCAGCAGCUACAAGUACACAUCAUCGGCCUCAAGUUCCCCUUGACCUACUCUACAAUAGUCCACGUUUUAAGAUUGUUGUUUUGACAAGGCUAAUGAGGUAAAUGAAUACAGAAUCGAUGUCCGCAUUUGGAUGUAAAAAUAAAUUCGACACGUCAUGUGGAGUAGAUAGAGUACUAUGGGAUGUUGUGUCACCAAGUCAAGCCGUGACAACUUUCAAUUUGAAUCGCAGUGGAACUCACAAGAUAUAAGAGUAGGUUUUCCACCUAGAAUGACUACCAUUACUAUCAUAGUAGAUGGGAUAUGCAAAACUGUCAAAGAGGUGAAACAUGAUCUUCUAGUAAACUCCAAUACAGAAGAAGGUGAAAAUUUGGACCUGUUUCUAAUCAGAAGUAAUAGAAAACCGAAACUGCUUGAAGAUGACAGAGAAUUUAUUGAAUAUAAGGAAUACAUUAUGACAGAAGGAGACGAAAGCUAUCUUCAAUUCUAUCCAAGAAAACCUGCCGAUGAAAAAUAUUAACGUUUUGUUUUUGUUAAGUUUAUUGUUACAAGAAAAACAUUAAAAUACUUUUUUUUAUAAG